CUCGUAUAAGUUGCUUUCUUGCAUCACAGCAACAGCAAAAAGCUGAUAUAAGCAUGAUAAAGAUAGGUGAACAAGACUAAACAACAAAAUAAUAACAAAACUCUAAAGUAGCAUAAUAUUCAAGACAUUAGUCAACUGAUAAUAAUAACAGUUUUUGCACAAACGCAAUAUUGAGUGAGAAUCUGGUGACCGUGGGGUUCCCUGCCCCAUUAUUCCCGGCCGCUAGAUGUGAAUCCUGUGGCCAGGCCUUAAUUGUUGCCGUUCGUGCUCAAGCAAGCAAAGUUAGGAUAAAGGCACUGGCACAUGCGUACUAUUUGCCGACUGAAGCUUCAGGUUUUAGUGUGUUUUGAGAUCAUGACGCAAUCUACAGCAAGAAGCUUCAGGUUUUUCGGUUUGUUCAUCACCGCCGAACAACCACCUUCAGAAACUACAGGGGAGUUGCACAGCUGCAGCACUAACAGAACAACUAAUCUCACCGCGCAAGCUUCAGCAAUUUCAGGUAGUACAAUUCUUCAGAAAACAGAGUCAAUUCUUCAGAAAACAGAGCCGUGCUGGACGUUUCUUCAGAGAACCACACAAUUGAGGUAGAAGUAUUCAGAGAACGAUGUAGCAUGAGUUGCCGUUGGAGGUCGCCGCAUCCGGACGCCAAUGUGAUGGACGCUGCUACCCUGCAGGCCACACACACACACACACCAUCACCGCGGCGCAACGCGUCACCGCGCAGCUCUCAACUCAUGCUACACCGCUACAGGAAGUCUUGGUGCGCCCUGCUGGUUGUGGCCUCCUUGCCUCGGGCAUCACCGCUACAGGACGUCUUGGGGCUGCCUACCUCCAUGACGUUCACUGAGGCAGCAGCGCCAUGGGAGAGGGUCGAGUUUAUUUCUUUUUUGGAGGAAAGCCUUCAUGGCGGUUUUUAUUCAUAAGGCAAGACGCUUACAUCCUUUGUGAUGACAGCUACAAGAAAUGCAGGAGGUUCCUCUUGCCAAACAAAAGGGCUACAAUUCUCCGACUUUCUAGCUAAAACAUGUACCGCCCAUAUUGGCUUGGCUUUCCUAGGGAAAAGAAUCAAAGAAAAUAUCACUAAACUCAUGACAGAGGAAGAAACAAUCGUCGUACAUUGCCGCUGCAGGCCCAAUGAAUGUCCACCAUUCUUCAUGACAUCCACAACUUUCAUGAAAUCGGAGUACGCCACCAGCAUCUUGAGUGAUCUCCACAAUCUAACAAUGACGACUAACUUAGGACUGACGAGGCCGUGGUUGACAUAUGUAUGACUGACUGACUGACUUGUGCAAGUCAAAGAUUAUGUCACAGCUUCAGAAGAACUUGGCCACACUUGCAGGAAGGUAAUUUCCACCAACCACAACUAGAGAAAUAUCUGCACACCGACAUCACAGCAGCUUUCAUUGACCUUGACUUUGCAAUGUAAAAACUGAUUUGCUUCAAGCUCAAUCCACACGUGCUUCAUAUGAAUGAAACCAACAGAAGUAUGAUCCAAAGAAGCAAUAUUUUGCUGUGCACAAUACAAUACUGCAGGAGUUGGUCAGGGGGGAUGCUUUUCCAGAGAAUCUGACCAACUGCAGCAAAAAUACUGCCAAAUAGUAGAGGGCAGGCUUGCUUAUGUGAUUAUGUCUCUCCAUCUUUCUUCAUCUCGCUUAGUAACUUCUGUUCAUCCGGAGUCAUGACUAGCAUUAAGCGUCUCUCCUUGCUCCAAUAUCUCCUCUUCUUCUUCUUCUUCUUCUUCCUCGUCCUUGAUCUUUCAGAGCUUGCUACCGGGCAACAAAACCAAUUUGUCUACUCCGGUUUCGCUGGGGCCAACCUCGCCCUCGAAGGCGUGGCCACCAUCACACCAGACGGCCUGCUUGAGCUGACCAACGGCACCUUCCGGCUCAGAGGCCAUGCUUUCCACCCGACUCCAUUCCACUUCGGCAAGGCGCCCAACGGGACAGCAGUUCAGGCUCAGUCCUUUGCUGUCUCGUACGUGUUUGCUAUCUACUGCGUCCAGGCCCAGACCUGUGGCCACGGCAUGGCCUCCAUCGUCGCCGCAAGCAGCAACUUCUCCGACACCAUGCCCACCCAGUACCUGGGGCUCAUCAACGACCACAACAACGGCGACCCAGCCAACCGCUUCUUCGCCGUCGAGCUCGACACCAACUGGAACGACGAGUUCAAGGACAUUGACAACAACCAUGUCGGGAUCGACAUCAACAACCUUGUCUCUGUCAACUCCAGCAGCGCCGGCUACUACGACGACCGCGACGAGGGUAACUUCCAAAACCUGACGCUCGCGAGCUACAAAAUGAUGCAGGUGUGGGUGGAGUACGAUGGAGGUCGCAAGCAGAUCAGUGUGAGCUUGGCUCCCGUAGACAUGGUCAAACCCACCAAACCACUGCUCUCCACCACCUACAACCUCUCAACGGUGCUCCCAGACAUGGUUUACGUCGGCUUCUCCGCCUCGACGGGCUCAUUCGACUCGCGGCAGUAUGUGCUUGGUUGGAGCUUCGGCAUCAACAGGCCUGCUCCAGCGAUCGACAUCACCAAGCUGCCCAAGCUGCCUCGCCAAGGCCCCAAGCCUAGGUCCAAGGUACUGGAAAUCGUACUGCCAAUAGUUUCUGCGGCAUUUGUUCUUGCUGUGGGCACCACUAUCAUUCUUCUUGUGCGAAGGCGGCUAAGGUAUGCCGAGCUUAGAGAAGAUUGGGAAACUGAAUUUGGGCCCCAUAGGUUUUCAUACAAGGACUUGUUUCAUGCCACCAAGGGAUUUAAGAACAAGAAUCUACUGGGGAUUGGAGGAUUUGGAAAGGUGUACAAGGGGGUGCUUCCAAAGUCUAAAGUGGAGAUUGCUGUGAAAAGGAUCUCCCACGACUCGAAGCAGGGGAUGAAGGAAUUUGUCGCAGAGGUUGCGAGCAUCGGCCGCCUCCAGCACCGCAAUAUUGUGCAGUUGCAUGGCUACUGCCGUCGCAAGGCUGAGCUUCUUUUGGUGUAUGAAUACAUGUCGAAUGGAAGUCUCGACAAGUACCUGUAUGAUCAGGAGAAGAAGCCUACUUUAACUUGGGCCCAGAGAUACAAAAUCAUCAAAGACAUUGCGUCUGCCUUGCUCUACCUUCACCAGGAAUGGGAGAAAGUUGUAUUGCAUCGAGACAUCAAGCCAAGCAAUGUGCUCCUCGAUGAUGGACUGAAUGGACGGCUAGGUGAUUUCGGCUUGGCAAGGUUAUAUGACCACGAGACUGGCCCUCAAACCACACAUGUUGUUGGCACCAUUGGAUACCUAGCUCCUGAGCUAGCACACACCAACAAAGCAACCCCACUUAGUGAUGUGUUUUCCUUUGGCAUGUUUGUUCUUGAAGUCACUUGUGGGCGAAAGCCCAUCGAGCCAGCAUCACAAGGCAACCAACUCACCUUGGUCAGAUGGGUGAUUGACCAUUGGCACCAAGGAAUUCUCACAGAUGCAGUGGAUACCAAGCUCCGAGGUGCCUACAAUGUUGAUGAGGCAUGCCUAGCUCUGAAGUUAGGAUUGCUGUGCUCACACCCAUUGAUCAAUUUAAGGCCCAACAUGAGGCAGGUUCUGCAGUAUCUCAAUGGUGAUAUGCCACCCCCAGAUCUGAAUCUGGCACACAUGAGCUUCAACAUUCUAUCCUUGAUGCAGAAUGAAGUUUCAAUAGAUGACUUGCGUGCAGCCUCGAUGGUGUAAAUUCCACUUUCUUCUUAUUCCAAUUUAGAUGCACAUUUUUUUAAACCUUUUUAGAUGCACAUUUUUUCCAAACUCUACCAUUGAAUCAAUAUAUUAUGUGCAAUGUAUUCAUACAUGUGGAAGAAGAAUUAUUCUUGGUUAGUAUCAAAAGCUCUUAUCUCAUAUGGUUUAUCAUAACCUCUAAGAACAAGACCUAUAUAUGUAGGGCAUGUUCAGGGGAACACAACUACACAAGUACUUACAUGUGCCUUAUGUUGUCCUCUUUUUGUUGAACCAUGUCAUUUUAAGUUUUAUACGUGUGAGUUCGUCCUGGCACAGUGGUGAAUUACUCCCUACUUGUGCCAAGAGAGGUCUUGGAUUCGAUGCAUCCUUUCUACAUUGCACUAUGCAAAGGUAAGGCUUUCCCUGUGUAAUCCUUUCCCCGACCCCACCUGGUGCGGAAGUUUCUAGAACUGGGUUUGUACUUUUUCUACGGGUGAGUUUGUCUUUGUUUGGACUGUGUGCAUCUUGUUCUGUACAGACCGGGUGUGAACUCUAUGCAGUCCUACGACAGUUCCUGACAAUGACCAAUUUAAAAUGCUACAUACUCCCAAGACGGCUGACUUUAUGCACGUGUAGCCAUGGAAAGCUACACUACAUAGCCGACUGACUUAUGAGGCCAUGUGCAGUAGUCAAUAUGAAAAAGCAAGGCCGACGCACAUGAAAUAAAUUAUGAAGGCAUGCGUGGCUGAAAAUAAAUUACAGCCGCACAGCAAAGAUUUUCCCACAACUUUUGCCUAAGCAUCUAUCCUGAAAGUUAUAUUCCUUUCAUGGUAGGUAACCUUUACACAUGACAAACUGAAGCUAUGUGUAGCAGCUAUUAAGUUGAUUGCACACAUUUAUCUAGUAAUAAGAAAUAACUGUAUCAUAAGGAAAACAUAAU